GCCUUUUCAAACCCAACGGCUGCACUCCUUAUAUGGUCAUAGUGCGACCAUCCUCCCAUUCCAGUUUUUAAUGCAAAUCAUAUUCUAAUGGCCAGCUGUAUGCAGCAGUAGUAAGAGCAUGCGCAGUGCGGAGAAAGAACAAAGUUUUUGUUCAAGACGAUGUUUGGCUUUCACAAAUCGAAGAUCUACCGGAGUCACGACGGCUGUUGCAUCUGCAAGACCAAGUCCUCCAGCUCCCGCUUCACAGACAGCAGCCGCUAUGAGGAGACCUUCAGGAUGUGUUUCGGGCUCUCUGAGGAUCGUGUUGGAGACAUUUGCAACGCCUGUGUGUUACUGGUGAAAAGAUGGAGAAAGCUGCCGCAUGGCUCCAAGAAGAACUGGAAUCAUGUGGUUGAUGCCAGAGCUGGACCAGGUUUUAAAGUGACAAAACCCAAAAAAAUCAAAAACAGUGAUGGGAAGAAAAAAAGCAAGCUGAAGAAACUUCACAAGCUAAAGAGGCAAAAUUCUGAUGCUCACAGCACAACUUCCAGUGUGUCACCAGCCCAGUCUCCAAGUUACAGCAACCAAUCGGAUGAUGGUUCAGAUGUUGAAUCAAAGCGACGCUCCAGUCCCUCAAUUUUCUCAUUCUUGGAUCGUUCCUACUGGAAAAGGCAAAAGAUCUGCUGUGGGAUUGUGUAUAAGGGUCGGUUUGGAGAGGUGAUUAUAGACCCUCGGCUUUUCAAGCCCUGCUGCAGUUCCAAAAACCAGAAAACACUGACACCUGCACAAGUGGCCACACACUUGCCAGACACACUUCCUCCUCAGCUCCCAGAAGACAUAGAAAGGCCCGGUGAAUGCUUUUGUUAAACCCCCUCCCACGGGGUGGUCCAUGGCAUCCACCUGGAUUUGUCUCCAGUGGCAGACCACAUUUCUACUUAUCAUUGAUUAGUGAUCAUUGAUUCCUUUCUACAUUUUAUUCCGUUUUGUUUUGUUUUUUUAUGUGUAAAGAAUUUGGUUUUUUUUCUAUUUUUUAUGGAAAAGGAAAAGUGGGCAUUAGUUUUAUUUAUAGAACAUGGGGAAAUAUUAGUUUAUACCGACGUUAAUUCAGAAUUGCAUUUUUUUAAUUUUAUUUUUGUAUCAAGUUUUUUCAGCUUUUUGUAAAUAUUUUUGAUAAUGUCAUCAUUUUUGUGUUUAUCUGAAACACCAGCUUUUCUAAUAUCAACUUUUUGUAUGUAUUUUUAAAUGGGUCUUCAUUUUGCUGCAAUCUUGUUGUUUUUUUAUCUUUCUUCCCAGGGAUUAUUAGCACAUCUAUCCUUUUUAUAAAUUUUAAAGUCUUUAGACUUGUAUGUAGGUUAGAUAUAUAUUUUUCCUUAGAUGUUUGAGCUUUAGAGUGCCACAAAAUUUGAAACACUCUUAGUUUGUUCAGCAGUAUGUGCACAUUGACUUGGAUAGAAAUGACCAGGCCAUGCAUGCAGUUUAUUCUUUUUUUUUAUAUUAUUACAAAAGUAAUUUAUUUCCUUUGUACAGACUUCCAUGAACUGAUCAUGUAAAGGAAAUGCUUUUGAAACAUGAGUAAAUUCUUUAGUUUUGGCUUCUGGUUUAUCUAAAUCCUGCUUUUCUUGCAGAAAAAUGCAAGAAUAGCGAACCACUACAUUCAAAGGUGUUGAGCUAGUUUUUUGUUUUUCUCAGGCACAUUUAUCGAAGCGCUGAUGUAACUGCUAGUGCUCUGCAGAAAACUAAGAUUCAGGGAAAAGUAGAAAUUUGACAGCAGCUUGUCUACUCUUAUUGCCUUCAGAAAGAGAUGUUAGGUGCCCCUUAGGAGAAUGCUCUGUGGUUAUUGUGGCUCUAUUUAAAAAAAAGGUUAAAUGAUCAAACUAUGCAGACAUUUUGAAUGUGAGAAGUGUUUUAAGGUUUUCUAUCACUUUUUGAGCAUAAAGUGAUAGUUGCUUGUAACCAAAUUGGCUUGUUUUUAUUUUCAGCAAUAAUCUCACAUUCACACAAAUUGUCUUAAAAUAUUGUGGGUUUUUCUUUUUAAACAAUUUUUAAAAGGUAUUGCACAGUCAUGACUGUCCUGUUUUCAAUGAAUACUGCAGUGUUAACGGUUGUGUUUUUAUUAAGCUCAAACUAAAAUGAAAAUAACUGUUCUGUGGCAGGGUAGGUAAAUGCUGAAUAUUUCUAUAAUUAUUAAAAGGAGAUAUGCUGCUUUUAGCUGGAAAAUAAGCUUUUGUUUAAUCCUUCGGGAGUUGCCAUGUUUUUGUAAGGUACAUUUUUGGAUGAAAAAUGUGCCUUAAUGAAUUUACCUGACUUUUACAUAAUGAUUCUUAUGUAAUUUAUAUUUAUUUAUUACACCUUUAAAAAAAAAAGAAAAAAAUAAUUUUUGAGGUAACUGAUGUAGACCCUUGCAGAAAGUCUGUUGAUUUUGUGCACUUCCUUUGAACACGCAUUGUAUGUUUUGUACGCCUUUUGUAUACUGUACCACAAAGUAGAUCUGCUUAAUAAAACUGAAAGAAAAAAAAAA